AUCCUAUUUUUUUUUUAACGUUUGUGGCAAUGUUGUAACAUUUUAAUAUGCAGGAUACAUCUACAAUCAAAGAAGAUCCUGCAUGUGCCUUAAAUACAUUAACUAAUAAUUCGGUAAAAGAUUCUAGAUUACUUAAAGGCUCAAAACACGCACCUGGAAAAGAUAAUGGUAAUGAUGUUAAUCAUAAAGAUGAAUUAAAAAUGACACUAAUUACUCUAAGUGCAGGGGCGAUAGCAGGUGCAAUGGCUAAAACUGCCAUAGCACCCUUAGAUAGAACAAAAAUAAAUUUUCAAUCAUCAAUCAAUUUUGGAACAUUAAAUGUAUCCCCCUUUACUAUUAGGGCAGGUCUUAAAUUUAUGCAAGAUACAGUUAAGAAAGAAAAAGAAAAAAUGUUAUUAAAAUCAAAUGGCUCUAAUAUUCUUAAAUCCAAAUACCGUCAUUUAUAUAAAUCUUGGAGCAAUAUUAAGGCUUUAGGAGCUCUUUGGAGAGGUAAUAGUGCCACUAUGCUUAGGAUUUGUCCAUUUGCAGCUAUUCAAUUUGCCUCUCAUAGAAAAUGGAAAUCUGUACUCGGUGUUGAUCAUAUUUCUUAUCAGCCUGAACUUUUAAUAAAUAAUUAUGACAAUAAGAGAACUAAGAAUUCAACAUAUAUUCAGAAAUUGCCUGAAAAUUUUAGAAGAUUUUUAGCUGGAUCUUUAGCUGGAGUUUCAGCAUCCUCAAUGACUUAUCCAUUAGAUUUAGCAAGAGCAAGAAUGGCAGUAACUGAUACAAAAAAGUACUCUAAUCUGUAUCAAGUUUUUGGUAAAUUGAUUAAAGAAGAAGGCUGGAUCUCAUUGUACAGAGGCUUUACUCCGACUGUACUGGGUUCUAUCCCUUAUGCUGGCACAAGUUUCUUCACCUACGAAUCUCUGAAAAAGUUAGACAUCGAACGCUAUCAAAAAUCUCGACAAGGACGACUCAAGGGAAAAAUCUAUAUUAAUAAAAAUACGAGUGAUGGGAACAAAAUUUCGGAAGAUUACAGUAUAAGUCCGAUUCACCGAAUGUUUUACGGGGCCUUGGCUGGACUCGCUGGACAAACAUCUUCCUACCCCUUGGACGUUAUCAGGAGACGCAUGCAAACUACCCCUUUAUAUGUCAAGAGAACGGUCGGUAAUUUAGUGGCCAAUAAUGAUAAAAAUUCACUAACCUUUUCUUCCGCUUCUAAUUUUAGAAGUAGUAUUGACGUGAAAUGUCCUUAUACAGGCAUAUUGUCUACGGCCAUGUACAUAAUCAAAACCGAAGGUUUUAUCAAAGGAAUGUACAAGGGCCUAAGCAUGAAUUGGAUCAAAGGUCCUAUAGCCGUGGGUAUAAGCUUUUCCACGUUCGAUACACUACACAAACACAUCGAGAAUGUUUUCCUUUCCUGAUAAAAAAUAUAUUAGAAACAUCUGCCAGUACCUCACCCUUCAUAAGAAUCAUGGAAUAUCUCCUCUAAAUUUGUCAAUUAAACUGUUAUAUUUUAAUAGGGAUUUUUUUUAUUUUUGAAUAUGUCACCAUUUAUUUAUAUCAAAACGAGUCAAUAAAAUUUUGCAUAGUUAAUUUUUCUAAAUUUA